AUGGGCCAGCUGCAGCCCAGCCCAAACGCCACCUCCGCGGGGGAAGAGGCCGGCGGCGGGCUCCUUUCCAGUGGGUGGUACUACGCAAACCAGACUUUGCUCUUAGGCAUUGUGUUGGCAAUCACAGGAAACUUCCUCAUUAGCAUCUCCUUGAAUCUGCAGAAAUAUUCUCAUGUUCAGUUGGCACGCUUAGCCAAUCAGAAGCCCAUUUACCGAAGCAAAGUCUGGUGGUGUGGAAUUAUUCUUGUGGGGAUUGGAGAAAUGGGGAACUUUGCGGCUUAUGGAUUUGCUUCAUCCAUGCUUGUUGCUCCACUGGGAAGCAUGGCUGUCAUAGGUACUGCACUUAUAUCUGUCUUAUUUCAAAAAGAGAGUGUGGGGUCUGAAGGAGUAUUAGGUGGAACUUUGACAAUCGCAGGAGCAUUUUUGUUGGUGACCUUUGCUCCCCACGUUGCCCAGGAGUUCACAGCAAGAAGGAUACAGAGUUAUAUGGUUAGCUGGCUGGUCUUGACUUAUGUGAUCUUGGGAGUAAUAACGUUCUGCAUUCUUCUGUAUUUCUAUAAAAGAAGGGAUGUGAAGCACAUUGUGGUUUUAUUAACCAUGGUAGCACUGCUAGCAUCUCCAACCAUCAUUUCUGCAAAGGCCGUGGCAACCAUGAUUAUACUUUCUGUUAAGGGAAACAUGCAGCUCACUUACCCCAUUUUCUAUCUCAUGUUUAUCAUAAUGGUUAUCACUUGUGUUUUCCAAGCCAAGUUCUUGAACCAAGCAGAGAAACUCUAUGGAACAACAGCAGUGACUCCGAUAAAUUAUACAUUCUUCACCAUCAGUGCAAUCGUGUCAGGAGCUAUAUUUUAUCAGGAACUCCAUGGAGUGAGUUUGCUGAGUGGUUUCAUGUUUCUGUUUGGGUGUCUUCUGUCAUUCAUUGGAGUAUUUUUAAUCACCCAAAAUAGAGGCAAGGAACAUUUGACGGGUUUUUAUAUAGACUACGGACACAUUCCUGGAGAGAAGAUGAGAGAGAAAAUACAGCCGGUGUCAAACAUCUUAUCCUAUGGCUCUUUGUGUACUGAAGGUGAGUCUGUAAAGACUCAAAGUUAAGAGAAAAGAGCAACUUAAAUGUCAGUUAACAAGAGAAACCACUUAUUUACUGGCUUCAUAUUCAACACCACCCUUUUAUUGCUCAUGCUCAUUGAGUGUCAAGUUAUUUCAUCCUGACAGCUCUGAUGGUGAUUUAAUCCUGCUUGAGGAUCCCCUGGCUAUCGCAAACACAUUGCAAUUUAAGCCAGCUAUUGUGU